AUGCAGGACCCGGCGGGUGGACUUCCCGCCCAGUUGGUGCCGCAUAUGCACUUGGUAUCGAGAAAUAGAUACCCAGCGAUGACCGCCUUGCCGACCGAAACCGUCCUUGACUACCUGUUGGCCGCCCCCAAGGUCGUCCGCGAAAUGUAUCCCAUGUCGUGGACGUUUCUAGAUGGUCCUCAGGAUGGCACUACAUUACUUACAUGGCAGCCUCUUGGUCAUCUGGGAACUACCUUUGCGAGCGAUGGAUACGUCUGGGCUGAUGCAGAACAAGCCUUCACUUUUGAGACACGAGGCUACACAAUAGAGAUGUGGGUUCAACGAAGCGGUUACCACCCUCCGCAGGAAAGCAUCGCAAGCCACUCGCGCCGCCGUUAUCGCCUCAUCCCAUCAAAAGUUCCCCCGAAUGCGCCUCAGCCCGAUCCUUCGCUCUGGAUCAUCCAUUACGCGCGCGCCGCUCAGAACGAUAUCAUCCCAGCUCAACGCAUUCCGGUUACACCUCAAGUACAGACAACGCUCGCUCAACGACGAUUCCUACAGACUCAAGGUCAGCUAGUUCGUAAGGAGUUCAUGUUGCACGAUCGCAACAACUGGCCUACAAUCACUUUCCCGGCUCAGAUGGGCGCACAAGGAUUCGCGCAGCCACAAGCAUAUUAUGCAAACGCAGGUCCUGCCCGCCAACCCCCACCGGGUGCAUACUAUCCUCCUCAGCAACCUGGUGUGCCCGCCGGACCGGCACCGGUAAAAGCGCCUCGUGGUCACCGUACGUCUGCAGGCGCAGCCGCAGUAGCCGCAGCGGACUUCUCAUUAGAAGAUGAAGAUGUUUCCACAGGCGAUUUACUCGACAUGCUCACGCCUCGUGAAAUCAGUAAGAUGCGUUACCAGCAACAUCAUGAAUGGAUGGAGGAAAUUUUCGCGUCACCUUAUACCAUCAGACAAAUUAUACCCGUCGAUCUUGGUAUUGGGCGUAAAGGAGAGCUUGAAUCGCUGACUGCGGGCUUUUUUGAGGCCCCUGUUUCAUCAACUCACCCCAAAGAUGACAAGGAAAGCUCCGUAGCUCUGCAAGGCGGCAAAUUGGAGCCGGAGAAAGCAGAAGAGUUUGCCGACCGAGUCGCCAAAAAGGUCUCUGAUAUGACCGCAGAAAUUGAGAAAUUGAAGAGGCGCCAUGCACGGAGAAUGGCAAAGAUCGGUCGGAUGUCAGUACUAAGGGACGCUGAACUACGUCUGCGUGAGGCAGGAGCCAAUCCUUCCGAGACUGGACCAGAGAUCUGGAGAUUGGAAGGUCGUAUCGAUACUUCUAAUGAAGAAGAGGCGCCUAUUGAGGAGACUGUCGAGGAUAUUUCACUUCGUAUGCCACGAUACCGAGUUGACGACGUCGUCAAAGAUCUAGAAAAGGCCUAUGAUCGAGCUGUGCUUCCAGCUACGAGCAUUACUUGUGUUGAAAAGGGUGGAUUACUGGAGCGCAUUGAGCCUACGCCACAACCUGAAGAGAACGCUGGUGCGGAUACAGACAUGUUGAUGGAAAAUAGCAUUCUAGAUCAAUUCGUUGCAUCGUCUACUUCCACACCCGGACAAGCAACUCAGCAAGCACCGGUUUCUGCAGGAGUCCCCGCACAACCUGCUACCCAUGCACCAGGAGAUGGCGACGUUGAGAUGGGAGGCGCAACAAAUGCACCUGUACAGUCGGGUACUGCCGCGGGUGAGACUGGGGAAUGGGUGGUCGUCGAGAACGAGAAUACUGCUGUUCUUACCGACAAGCCUACCACAAAUAAUGUGCCCGUCGGUGGAGAAACGGUGGAAACGAGCAAUUUCGACGAUGCCGCCAACUUUACCAACAUGGACUCAGCAGGCGAUGCGCUGGCCGCGUAUGAUGAUCAGCAUGAUGGCUUGGACCUUCCGGAUCUCGAGAAUUCAGCGUUCGGAGAUGCUUUCCACGCAUCAGAUCAUGAAAUGGGACACCAUCCUGAAGACGAUGAGAUGUCAUAG